UUCUCGUCAUUUGCGGGAAGUUUUACUUUACGUGUUCAAUUCAAAGAAGUCUGAAGCUGAGGCUCAGCGAAAGGUUUCGGAUACGUAUGAGGAACUUUAGCAUGGGUAGCCAACUUAGUGCACAGACAACAUGACGACGGAUGAAAAAUAAUUGAGACAGAAAGCCAAAACCCCAAACUAACCGCAAAAGGGGAGAGUUCACCUGGAGUAGUUUAUGACUCCAAUAGCCAUUAACAUGCCAAGUAUAGAACAAUACUUUAUGGUAUCGCUUCCUACCAGGUACUUGACGAAGGAACUUUCGAAGUUGUUCUUGGAAAAUGAGUGGCAUUUCCACUCAGACCAAGUCUGGAGCACAUAUGGAAAGGUAUAAAGCACGCAUUUCCAAGCAAAGGGUGCGCCUGAAUAUAAACAUGGCGAGCUCCGAUAAAAAAUCUGAAACAAAUAUUAAAUCUCUGCAGGAUAACGGGAAGAGUGAAGUUCCCAAGCAGCAGAAACAGCCGCAGCGGAAGCCCAGCUUUGAGCGUCGCUAUCAAGGGACAAUAAAUAAGCAAAUCUUGGAAGGUUCCUGCAAUGCCGAGGAAGUGAAGAAGCAAAUACACAUAUUCAUGCCGGCUUCUGCGAAAAGCAUUUUUGGAUAUAGUGAUAAGAAAGGAGAGGUGUCUUCCGAUCUAUCUAGUACUGAAGAAAGUUCUGGAGAAGGUAAUGAGACUAAUUAAAAUAAACAAACCGAGUAUCUGUGAUUGCUUUGAGAGGGAAAAGAGAGUUUAGUAAGACAUUCCAGCUUCCACUUAUCGAUAUUUGUUUACAUUUGUAAUCAUUUAAUGAGCAUGAACAAUUCGAUUGUGUGAGGUGCCUGAUUAAUGGAAGUUCUAACGAGUGAAUAAAAUGUGAUCUUCUGAUUUUUAGUGAGGUCAUGAUAAACAGAUUAAUGCGGAUUUUGCUGCUUUCAGAAAUUUUCAAUGUCUUUAUUGUACUAUGAAUUUAGCCACUUUUUUGAAAUCUUAUUAUAA